AUGGACUCCUUACGGGCAGAAACAGCAACCAGACAGGGGCAGGAGGCCUAUAAUAUGCAGGUCGACGUAGCCGAACUUCACAUGGUUGCUGGAAAAUGCGUCGAUAGGAACCCUUCUGCCACCGAGGCACACCUGUGUACGAGGUUUUCCCGCGCAGUCUAUUAUUAUUUGCUGCUGACCGCUUCUGGCAUGAGUGAUUCGAAGGUAUAUUUUCCUCGGGAAGGGCUAGCGAAGGAAGCCCAUAUAGGAUCUAUGGAUGUUUACCGCAGAGUGCAUACAGAGUCUGUUACAAAACCUACUGAAUUCUGGACAAACAUUGCCAAAGACUUUACAUGGAAAGUUUUCCCUGAACCAAAGAACACCUUAGCUUACAAUUUCGAUUUGAAAAAAGGCCGAGUAUUCAUUCGCUGGUUUGCAGGCGGCAAAACAAAUAUUUGUUACAAUUGCUUGGAUCGUCAUGUGAAGAACGGUUUGGGUGACAAAGUUGCUUUUUGCUGGGAGGGCAAUGACCCAAACGACUCGAGGAGCAUUACAUAUAAUCAGCUUCUAGAAGAGGUCAACACAUUUGGCACGACUUUGCGACGUCUUGGUGUCAAGAAAGGGGACCGUGUGGCAAUUUAUAUGCCAAUGGUUAUUGAGCAAGUCGUGGCUGUUUUGGCCUGCGCCCGAAUCGGAGCUGUCCACUCAGUCGUUUUCGGUGGCUACUCAGCUGAAUCUCUUUCGGAAAGGAUAACUAAUGCAGAUUGCCGAGUUUUGAUAACUUGUGAUGGGACCUGGCGGGGAACAAAACUCGUCAAUCUGAUGGCGGUUGCGACGCGGGCCAUGGAGAUCUGUGAAUCGAAAUCGCACGCAGUGCACCAUUGCAUUGUUCUUCGCCAUGUAACUUCUUGUCCAAAUAAUUCAAAAAUGUCCUUGGUUGCCGGCGAAAACUGUCAGUCCUUCCUACCCGGAAUCCGCCCUGUUGCAAACCUCACUGUCCAAAUGCGACCUGGCCGUGAUAUAUGGUGGGACCAAGCCGUUGCUGACUGCAAGUCCUCUCCCUGUGAUGUCGAGUGGGUGGAUGCCGAAGACACUCUCUUCCUACUGUACACCAGUGGAAGCACGGGCCGGCCGAAGGGCAUGGUUCAUACUACCGGUGGCUACAUGAUCUACGCUGGAACCACCACCAAGUACACCUUUGACCUUCAACCUGACGAUAUCUACUGGUGCACGGCUGACAUUGGAUGGAUUACAGCUCCCACCGUCAUCCGCACCCUUAUCGGCGCCGGAGAUGAAUUCGUGAAAGCCCAUGAUAGAUCAAGUCUAAAAAUCCUUGGCAGUGUCGGUGAGCCAAUUAACCCCACCGCAUGGGAAUGGUACUAUCACGUGGUGGGUGAGGGCCGUUGCUCCGUUGUGGACACCUUCUGGCAGACUGAGACC